AGUAAAAUAACUAACAAAAAUUGAAAAAAAAAAAAACAGAAGCUAACCAGACAUCACAAGAAGAACGUGGCUAAAAGUAGACCAUUUGGUUGGUUGUUGAUUUUUGGCCUCCCCUGCUACAAAUAUGGGGGCGCAAACCAGAUGAUGUAUGGAAGCAUGGAGCACAUGGUAAAAAACAGAGAGUUGGUAUUAGUUUCUUACACUGAGGAAGGGCCUGUUACAGAUGAUCAUCUGAAAAUUAGAGAAUCCAAUUUCAACAUUAAUGGAUGCAAAGAAGGAGAAGUUACUGUGCAGAAUAUGUGGGUCUCAGUGGAUCCAUAUAUCAGGUGGCUCAUUAAAGAACCCGCCAGGGCACUUUAUUUCGAUACCUUCAAAUUAAAUGAGCCAAUCACUUCUCCAAUGGUGGGGAAAGUAGUUUUUUCUGCCAAUUCUGGAUUUGAAGUUGGUGAUGUGGUUACUGGGAUGUAUCAAGUGUCAGAGUACACCAUAGUAGAAGGAUCAGCAUUGAGAAAGCUUGACACAAAUCUGUUUAAACCCUCUGAUUAUUUGGGGCCUCUGGGGACUGUGGGUUUGACUGCAUGGGCGGGUAUAUUGUUAGUUGGAGAACCAAAACCUGGAGAUGAAGUGCUGGUUUCAGCUGCAGCAGGGGCAGUGGGACUCUUAGUGGGGCAAUUGGCUAAAAUCAAAGGCUGCCGCGUUGUUGGCAGUGCUGGUAGUGACCAAAAGGUGAAGAUGUUGAAGGAAGAGUUUGGAUUUGAUGACGCCUUCAAUUACAAGACUCAGACAGAUUGGGAUGCAGCACUGUCCAAGUACUUUCCAAAGGGAAUAGACAUUUACUUUGAAAAUGUGGGAGGGAAAAUGCUGGAGACUGUUCUCAACCACAUCAAUAUGAAAGCUAGGAUCCCCCUAUGUGGAAUGAUCUCUCAAUAUAACCAGGAUUGGAAGGAAAGUUAUGGAGUGAGAAACCUUAUCAACUUGGUAGGAAAAUCUGGGAAAAUGCAAGGGUUUACUGUGGUUGAGUAUUUCCAUUGUAUGGAGGAGUUUGUGAAGGAGGUAGGAGGUUAUAUGCAGCAAGGUAAGAUCAAAUACAGAGAAGAUGUGCAUGUGGGAAUUGAGAGCUUCUUGGAAGCAUUCAAUUCUCUGUUUAGUGGGGGGAAUAUAGGAAAAACUCUAGUUCAGCUCACGCCCAAGUAAUAAGAAAAAUGAGUUUUUCAUUUAAGAAAUGUGUUUGGAACUUUCUUAAGGUUCAAAUCCCACUGAAAUUCUCCAUAUUAAAAUAUAAUAUUCUCUAUUAGGGAACCUAGAGCAAUUGUGUGGGAGAAAGAAACUUCUGUGGCCUGUGGAAAAGUCUACUAUUGUUCUUGUAAUUCAAUCAUACAAAUAGGCAAUUUUUAAUCCAAAAAUUGAGAAGAGCCUGCAGAUUCAUUCAAAUAUAUCAGCUUAUAACGAUAAUUCAGUUUUGUCUUUUA